AUGUCUAUCGCCUGCUACUUCAUCAAAAAGCGUUCCCAAUCAUCAGCACCAAUCUCCGCACAUCAAAUGCAUAACAGGUCACAGAACUGGCAACGAAAUUGCAACAUGUCCGAGAUAACCGCCAAAGGAUCAAGGCAGGCCGGUCCCGGUAAGGAAUACAAGACGACAGGCGUCCUCGCUCCGUGGGGCGAGCCGGCGUGGUUCCAUGCUCUGGAGAGUCCCUACUACAAUGACUCUCACCGGCGGUUCCAGACGUACGUACGAGACUUUGUCGACACUCACUUGCUUCCCUACGCGCAGGAAUGGGAGGCAGCUGGGGAAGCCCCUCUAUCAGCGAGGUUGAAGUUUGCCAAGUCCGGUCUUGCUUUCCUCGAUGUCCCAAAAGAGUACCGACCCAAGGAACUCAUGACUGUUGCGGGUAUUGCGUUCGACAAGCUGGAUGUCUUUCACGAGCUGAUUCUCAUGGACGAGAUGGCCCGCAUGCCCAGUGGGGUCCCCCUCGCUCUGGCGGGGGCAUCCAAUGUGGGUGCGCCGCCCAUCUUUGCUGCCGGGACUGAGGAGCAGAAGAGACGAUGGCUUCCUGGUCUCUUUACCUGGGAGACUAGCUUCUGUCUCGCCAUCACGGAGCCCACGGCCGGCAGUGAUGUGAGCGCCAUCCGGGCUGCUGCAGAGAAAGCUCCCGACGGCAAACACUAUGUCGUCAACGGCCGCAAGAAGUGGGUUACGGGAGCACCUUGGGCAACCCACAUGACCACCGCCGUCCGAAUGGGCGAGCCAGGGCGGAGUGGUAUCUCGCUGCUGGUCGUGCCUUUGAACUCCCCCGGUGUCACGAUCAGGAAGAUCCACAAUUCCGGGCACAACGCCGGUGGUUCCUCAUGGGUCGUAUUGGAAGACGUGAAGGUGCCAGCUGAUAACUUGCUGGGCAAAGAGAACGGGGCGUUCCCUAUCAUCAUGCGAAACUUCAAUAAGGAGCGCUUCAUCCUCACAGUGGACUGCAACAGACAAGCCCGAAUAUGUCUUUCGGAGGCACUGCAGCACGCACAUGAUCGAGAGACAUUUGGAAAACCUCUCGCCUCGAAUCAGAUUAUACGGCAUAAGCUGGCGGCGCUUGCUCGCGAGGUCGAGGGCCAUUGGGCGUGGCUGGAGCAAAUUGCCUACCACGUCCAUAUUCACGGCUGGCAGACCAAGGACGUUGCAAGCAGAAUUGCGUUGGCAAAGAUCCAAGGCGGCAGGAUCGUAGAGCAAGCCGUUAGAGAGAGCCAGCAAAUCCACGGCGGAAUAGGCUACGAAAAGGGGGUGACCAUGACGGAGCAGAUUUCUCGGGACCUCCGUUUGAAAGUCAUUGGUGGGGGGAGUGAGGAGAUUCUGAGUGACCUUGCGUGGCGCGAGGAGCACAAACGAGCUUCUGAUCGAGGCGCGAAACUCUAA